AGCGUGUUGCGGGCUGUAAAACCGUAAAUGCCAUUCUCGUGAGUGUGUAAGGAGCUACAGAACUGUAAUGUCUAACCCUACAUGGAAUAACAACUCUUGGAAGUUUUUUGGGCUGUACCUGACUCUGUGCAAAACUUAAAUCGGCUGCAGCUCCUUCUGCUAAGGAUCAGCCUUGGUACAGAAACAGUGGUAGUUAAAAGGCAGUAAGUAUAUCUGCUAGCUUAAAUGCUGGGUUGUUUUUUUUUUCCUCUCUUUUCCUUUUUUCUAAUUCACAAGCACAGCUUUUUACUCGUCACACAGUAGGAAUUUGUCAGGAGCUUGCCUGGCAUUAAUAGUCUAUUUCAACUCUUUUCUAUAGCCCAGCAGCUACAGAGGGGGGGAAAAAGCAUGCUUUGUAUGGAGCUGUGGUUGGGUCUGUGCUGCAGUGCCCAUCUGAACUCGGCUGUGUCUAUUUUGUCAGCUUUUGCUACCCUCUAGUAGUUGCUGGUCCCUUCCUAAACUCACGAAAUCUCACCAUACAGUGCCUGUGCUUGGAUCAGGGUUCUGGCUGCUCCUGACCUGAACCACUUCUCUUGAUGGUUUUGCUUCUCGAGCUCUUCACUGCAAACAAGAUAUCUUUGAGUUUCAAUUCUUUGUAUGGCUUUUUAUCUUUUACUUCUCAAUUGAUCUCCAAAGGAGUGGGAUAGGACAAAACAUUGGUAUUCUUAACCAGGGAUCCAUGGAGAGGGUGUAAGCUGUUGGAAAAGUGAGUGGCAUUCUUGAAGUGGUGUGGUUGCGUUUAUUUGGGUGUGGAUAUAAUCAUGCUUCUGUGAUACAGUUCCUGCUGAGUUUGAAAUGCUAGUGUUAGUAAAGCCAGAAGGAGAGCCAGACAAAAGCUUGGAGAAAAGUCAGAGUUUCAGUGCCUUUUUAGUGAUGGUUCAUGGGAAAGUAACAAUUUUAUGUUUGAUUUUCCUAAAGCACUGGGCAUAUGCUUUUUCUUCUCUGUGAAUUAUUGUUUGUGAAUAUAUAUCUUUACAGCAUGAGAACAUCAGAAACACCUGGUUUUGUGCCUAGGUUUCACUCAUAGAGGUAGGUCCUUGUUAGAGACUCUGGGUAGUCUGAUGAAAAUGGUGUUUAACUACAAAGCUUCAAUUUCUGCUGUUGCUGAUCGUGGCAGCUCAAUUCCUGGUCUGCCUGAAUCCCUGGAGCAGAGGACAUGCUCUCCUCCUCCUGCUCUGCCACUGCCCUGCCUCCGUCUCCUCCACCCCACACGUUUCUUAGCCUUGUGUAGAGCUCAGCAGAGAUUUCUUCAUGAAGACUGGAAUGUGUUUAUAUAAUAUUUUAUAUAUUAUUUUAGGCUCCUGCUACUCAAAUAUAGGCAAACGCUUAACCUCUUAUUCGCCAUCAUUAGAUGAAAUGUGGAAUUGCUGUAGCAGACAUCAAGUCAGGUGGAUCUAAACCAGCUUCUGUUUUUCCUGCCUGGAAGGUUCAUCAUUUCCCUGGCAAGUGUGGCUACCAAGAGCAGGUUUUCCAGGCCAGGAGUGUUUAGUGGGAGCAUUGUUUGUGAACCACACCAGUGAAGCAGGGCUGGGCUGGGCUUAAUGGGGGCUCUUCUGUGUGGGAGGCAUUGGGAAGGGGGUGAUGUGAGAGGCUCAAUCUCUGCAAAAGCAGGGGUAGGACAGCAGUAGGAACACUGGACAGAACUGCUGAAAAGGAGAGAACAACCUGCUGUACUAAAUCACAGCUCCCCUGGGGACACAGCUCCAUAGUUAGCAUCCUCAAAUGGCAUUCCUUUAUUACGGCAUCAUUGUGCACAGUCCUCUAGAGAGGAAGCAAACGGUCUCUAAAACAAUCUGCUGGCAGCUCAGGCUGGAGUGUUUGAGGUUUUCCAGGGCUCUUUUGCUGUGUCACUCUUCCCUUUAAUGUUCCAGCUUGAAGGUUGUUGUUCUUUCUCCAUCAAAGUGCCUUAAAGUGCUGGUAAGGGUGUCUGCUCCAAGGACAAGGUGGAGAAGGCAGCAGCCCAGAGAGAACAAGAGAUACUGCAGAACAGCUUUGUUCUGGUGUAAUCUGUCUUAUCUGCAUGUGAUGCAAAAACAGGGCAGUUUUCACAAGACUUGGAGGCUGCGUGGUGACAUGUUUUCUGUCCUUUUAUAAAAUCCACCACGUUAUUUUGACUAGAGCGCUAACGUAACUCCUGGCAGCCUCAAAUCUCACUGCUAGCAGCUACUUCCCUCCAAAGGCUGAUGUGGUGCUAACAAGCAGAGAGAUCUUGUGCGUCCUGUUUACAUGGAGCUGGGAAGACAGCGUGUUCCGUGGGAGGUGCCAAGGUAGAGCUGCAGUGGAUAUAAGGUGAAAAAACUCUGUGUGUGCAGACAGGCUGUGGUGGGGCGUGUUCCUUUGUGUUUGGUGGUGUUCAGGAACUCCAGGUGAAACGCUGGAAUGAUGGUGUUAAGUUCUUUUAUAUCUGAAUACGUAUCUUUGAUAUCUAUGCAUGCGUAGCAUGUUUGUGUUUGUAUAUAUUUAUAUUUAUAUCUAUUCUCUCUCAUGGGAAAGUCCAUGUCCUGAUCAUCUGCUCUUGUGAUCUCCUCACGUAGCUCUCUGUUGUUCAGUUUUUAGGUGGCAGAGACGCGGUGAAGCCGAGUGUGGGGCAGGCAGAGCUGAUGGGGGAGCCUGGGGUGUAGCCCAGGAUGGACUGGCUGUGACGACGACGUGCCUUAGCCGGAGAGGUCGUUACCAUGAAGAGUUCCUGCAGAGCUGGCCUCCACAGGGAACCGCUCAAUUCCACAUCCUCCACCUUCCAUCAAGUCAAACGGGUUUCUGGUAUGCACUUAAAGCCAUAUCUCAAGUUACAGAAGAAAGAGCGAUCCCCAGAAAUAAGCCAGGAUUCCCUGCGAGGCCACCAGGGACCAGCACAAGGAGAAAAAUACACCAACUGCACCAAACUGAGCGUUUUCCCAAAACCCUCCCUGGUGACUCCAUCUCAAAAGCUUCUGGGGAUUAUUUAUCCAAAUACUAUGUGCAAUAUGAACGGGAAAGGCCCGGCGGACGGCCCAAGUGCAAGGGAGAAGAAGAACGCCCUGUCUGCCACGAUCCACCAGGGAGAAGAAGGGGAAGGGCCGCUGGAUGUCUGGGCUGUGGUGAAACCUGGCAACACCAAGGAGAAAAUCGCCUUCUUCGCAGCCCAGCAGUGCAGCAGCAGCACCCGCACGGGCUCCAUGAAAAUCAAGAGCACGUGGGACAUCGACGGGAGAACGGCCAAGCGCCGGAAAAAAUCCGUGGACCUUAAGAAAAACAAAAUCCAACUGGAAAGAAUGAGGGAGGCCAACUCCAGGUGCUCCCAGCCGGAGCCUUUCGCCUGCGGCAUCGAGCACUGCUCGGUGCACUUCGGGAGCGACGGCGGCGAGGGCGCCUUCCCGGGCCGCUCGCUGUCGGUCAUCGAGAUGGUGGCUUUCCUGGAGCAGCGGGCCAGCGCCCUGCUGGUGGACUGUGCCAAGACCUGCACGGCCCCCUCUGCCACCAGGCUGGGCGCCCAGCCCAAGGCCCUGCCCGGCUCCGAGCCCUUCUCCUCGGCCGGGGCGUGCGAGGUGCCAGCGGAGCGCGGCCCCGGCGAGGCGCAGGGCGAGCCCGUGCGCGUGCUGGACAUGGUGGCCAGGCUGGAGUCCGAGUGCCUGAGGCGGCAGAGCGAGCGCGAGGCCGGGAGCCUCUCCCGCAACAACAGCUUCCGCAGGAACGUCGGCAGGGUGCUCCUGGCCAGCGGCACCCAGCCCGAGGGAGAGGUGGGGAAGGGGGUCCCGGCUCAGGGGGACGGGCUGGGGGAGGCAGGGGUGGCGGAGGCUGGGUACGGAGGUCGCUGUGGCCCUCUGGGUGACACCGAGCUGUGGGAUGGCGGCGCCUCUGCCCGGCAGCCGUUUCCUUCGGGGCUGGAUACCCGGGUGGGGAAUGUGAAUUCGGGACUUGCCCACGCGGUGUUGGCCAUGACAGCUGGCAGGAAUGACGCUGAAACACGGAUUGAGCCCCCCAGGGCUCUGCUGUCCUCGUGUCCCCCUGCUGCCAGGCUGCCACCGGAUCCCUCGCAGAGCAAGAACGCGACUGUUGAUUGUACGUCGAAAGAGCCUGUAAUUUUCCCAAAGCAUCCUGCUAGGAAGGAACCCUUGUGCAUCAGUAUAUCGGUCACCAAGACAGAGGAUGGGUGCAGGAAGGAGAAGCUCUCCGGUUCUGGUGAGGAUUCACUCCCAGGGAGGCUGUUUUUCCUCCAGGGUGAGCAGCCUGCUGCUCAGGAGCAGCAGCCACGGCGGGAGGGUCCCCAGGAGAAGCCAGGAGAAGUAGCCCAAAAGGAGGAUGAGGAUGCUCUGGCAUCUGGUAGAUCGUGUGUCAGAAGCAGUGUCCCUACAGAGCCAUCGGCCCCUUCUGUCCCUCCCACAGAAGGGGCUUUGCAAGUACUUGAUGCUUCCUGCCUAAAGCGGCAGGUUUCACAUGACUUUCUGGAGACCAGGUUUAAAAUCCAGCAGCUUUUGGAGCCUCAGCAGUACAUGGCCUUCUUGCCUCACCACAUCAUCGUGAAGAUCUUCGGGUUGCUUCCCACCAGGAGCCUGGUUGCCCUAAAAUGCACUUGCUACUACUUCAAGUUCAUCAUUGAGUACUACAACAUCAGGCCGGCCGACUCGCGCUGGGUGCGCGACCCUCGCUACCGGGAAGACCCUUGCAAGCAGUGCAAGAAGAAAUACGUGAAGGGGGACGUGUCCCUGUGCCGGUGGCACCCCAAGCCCUACUGCCAGGCUCUGCCCUACGGGCCUGGCUACUGGAUGUGCUGCCACCGCUCCCAGAAGGGCAUCCCGGGCUGCAAGCUGGGUCUCCAUGACAAUCACUGGGUCCCCGCCUGCCACAGCUUUAACCGCGCCAUCCAUAAGAAAACCCGAGGAGCGGGAGCCGAGGUGGAAGAGGAAUAUUAGUGCACAAACACUUUUCUGCAAGAUUGUUUGGGAGAGGAGGAGGAGGAGAUUCUCAUGCCUUGUGCUGUUUACAGUGUAUAUAAUUGUCGUGAUUUUUUUUUUUUCCCCACAGGGCUAUGAAACUGCACAUACUCAAACACAAGAGCCUUUACCUUUUAGAUUAAAAGAGAGCUUUUAGUCCAUCUCUGUAAAUAACACUAUAAAAACUAAUUGUACAUACAGAGUCUACAGCUGGCUGAACAAGGUAACCCCUACAAUGCAGCUAUCCCAGUGUUGCGGCUAUAGGUGUGUGUGUUUUUAAGUGUCUUGUUUCAAAAUCUGUAUAUCCUGUAUAAUAUAUGAAUGUUUCUGAGAAGAAACUCUAAAUAGGUAAAGGUCAACUUGUUUAAAGAAGCUGCAGACAACUUAACUGGACAACCUGAAACUUAGACUAUAGAACAGAUCCAUUAUAGUAGCGUGGCAGUGGAUUAAAGAAAGAAAGAGAGGAAUAUUAUUGUAUAGUCAAAAUAUAAAAAAAGUUCUUGUCUACCUUACCCAUAUUGUCUGGUUGGGUUUUGGUUUUUUUUUUUACAUAAAGAAAAUGUGCAUUCUAGAUCUGCCUUACCAGACUUUCUCUUGUAAGACUUUUGCCCCAAAAUAAAAAUGCUGUGAAACACGUGGCAGAAACUUGGUGCUGUGCUGUAGUUCAGACGUGCAAUGUGCUUUCUCUAGGAAACCUCUCCUCCAACUAACAAAGGAUCAAAACCCCCCCACAUCUCUGGUACUUGGAGAACUCCCUGCUGUAACAAUCACAGAUUCCAGCUUUUCCUUUCCUUCCUGCCAGCCCAGCAUGCAGCAGAGGCCCCUUUCAUUGGGAAUUCUGGUGCUAGGUGCACUUUCUGGUCCUCCUGCUCCUUGGCUCUUGUGUGGGCACCUGCCCUGUUCCCUGGAUGCUCAAGGAUGGAAUGUGGGUCCAGCAGGAUGAGUGUGGAGUUGCCUUGGCUCUGUGUGGAUGUGCUGGAAGCUUUCCUACCUGCUCUGUAUGGAAUUUAUUCCUUGUAGAAGACUCCUUGCAGAGCUUCCCUGCUCUGCUGCAGCCCUGGCCUCUCCCAGUGCCCUGGGUCAGUGCUUUGCUGAGGUUCCUGUCGGAUGAACGGUAAUUCCUCACAUCAGAACGGGAGCAGAGCUUGGCAUCCAUGGCAGAAUUUCCCUGGAUCCUUUCCUGUCCUGCAGUGCUGUGAGCCAGACCUCAGCCUCCCGUUCCAGCCCUCGCAGGGUGGAUGGUUUGGAAGCCUGGGAAUGGACCCUGGCCAGAGCAGCAGCCGGGUUCCAGGGAGCCCAGCAGAGUGUGGCAGCCGUGCCUUUGCCCUGGCCACGUCCCUCCUCUGCCCCACUUGGUGCUGUUGCUGUUCCUCUGCCCCUUCUCAGGGCACAGAUGGACUCCUGGCUCCCACCAUUCCAAAUCUCUGACCUGGUGCAAGAAGAGCUGGUGCCACCUUCCCACUGGGCUCUCCUCUGCCCUGCAGACCCCAAGGAGCUGCUGGAAAGGGCAGGGAUGGGGUGGCCCUGUACUUGGCUCAUCCUUUGGUGAUUCAUUCUUUAUCCUGUGGUGCUGGAUCGAGGUGUGGAGAACUGCUGGCUGUGGGGGCCAGGCUGAGCCACCCACCUCCAGCUGCCCUGGGCUCACAGGGAGUGCCUUGCCUGGUUUCGGAGCAUGAGGAGGAGAAAAGGGUUUGAAGGCUUUUGUUCUUUCCUUUAACACUGGGAGAAGGAAAAUCAAGGCCUGACAGCCUGAAAUGUGGGUUUGGUGAGCUCAGGCUUUUCAGGGAAGUUUAAAGGAUGUACUGGUUUUAUAUUUUGCCUUCACCUGCUCCUGCCACCCACCAGGUGUCAUCCACCUCCCCCCCGGAGCUGCUCAGCCUCCCUGCACUGCAGACGUGAUGACAGCCAGGAGGAAUGAAAUUAGGAAUCUAAAAGAAGGGUGUGGCAGCCUUGUAACCGGCUGGGAAGAGGGAGAGGAAGAGCAGGAACCCUCCUUAACCCCUGACUUCAUCCCCUAACGGGGCUCAGGCUUCACCCAAACUUCCAUCUGCUCCCUCAGCUGCACCUGGACCAGCAGCACAACAUCCUCCAGGCUGUUGUUUUGCCAAAGCCACGGGCAUCAAAAGCCUCAGCUUAAUUCUGAUGAGGAAAAAGGGAAAGAAGCUGCUUUCCUGCUCUCCCACCCAAGACUCUGGAAAACUUGAGGCUGACAGCAGCAAGGAAAGUCCCUGCAAGGCUGGAAUGGAGUGGCAGAGGAAAAUGUUUUGUAAUUAGAUAAGGGGCCAGUGAGGUCAUUUUAUUUGGAACAGGGUGUGAGAUUGUGGUCACCUUUGUUGAACAAGGGGAAAAAUGAGGAUAAAAUAAUACCAUGAGGCUAUUUUGUUCUUGGAGCAGGUAAAGCCAGAGGACAGCUUGCUGUCUCCCCUGCCCCAUCCCUGCCCUCCCCCCAGGCUGGCUGGGGAGCGUGGGCUGGUUUAUACAUCAUUUAUUACAUUGUCUGCUGGAACUGUCCCUCCUGCACAGCAUUGCUGUUAAAAAUUGUUUCACAGAGCAAGCUCUGCAUCCAGGAGUGGGUUGGGUCUGAGUGUUGCCAUGCUGAGCUGCCUGCAGGCUUUUUUUUUCUGUAACUUUGUAAAAUGCAGAUUUCUGUUUCCUUAAGGGAUGGUUCAGGGAGAAGCCAAGGUCUGAUGAAUGUUGGGGUUUUGGUUUUUUUCCCUAAGAAGCAAUUAAAAAAAAAUAAAAUCCAGUGUUGGAUUUACAAA